CGAUCCCGAAAGGCCCAGCGACUAGGAGAGUCACGUGAGGGUGGGUGGUGGAAGUGGAGGCUUGUCUUGGCUGUUUCUUCGUCUCCAUGGUGUUCAGAGGUGGGCGGCUUUGACGGAGAAGCAACUGCAGCUCAGGCGUGGACGGGAUGUUUCGUCUUAACUCACUUUCUGCGUUGGCAGAGCUGGCAGUGGGCUCUCGAUGGUACCAUGGAGGAUCACAGCCCACCCAGAUGAGGCGACGGCUAAUGAUGGUGGCUUUUCUUGGAGCAUCUGCAGUAACUGCAAGUACUGGUCUGUUGUGGAAAAGGGCCCUUGCAGAAUCUCCACCAUCUGCAAACAACAUCAAGAGUGAACUUGGUGAUAAAGGGAAGAGUAAAGAGGAAGGGGAAGAUUGUAAUGCUGAAAAAAAGGCUGCAGGUGUUUGUCUUGAGCCUUAUCCAGAAGAGAAAAAGAAGAAACGUUCUGGAUUCAGAGAUAGAAAAGUGAUGGAAUAUGAGAAUAGGAUUCGUGCAUAUUCCACACCAGAUAAAAUCUUCCGCUAUUUUGCCACCUUGAAAGUAAUCAGUGAGCAUGGUGAAUCUGAAGUGUUUAUGACACCACAGGAUUUUGUGCGAUCCAUAACACCCAAUGAAAAACAACCAGAACAUUUGGGUCUAGAUCAAUAUACAAUAAAACGCUUUGAUGGAAAGGAUUUCUGGCAGACAGAGAAAAUUGCCCAGGAACGAGAAAAAUUUGCUGAUGAAGGCAGUAUAUUUUACACCCUUGGAGAAUGUGGACUCAUAUCCUUUUCAGACUACAUUUUCCUUACAACUGUUCUUUCGACUCCUCAGAGAAAUUUUGAAAUUGCGUUCAAGAUGUUUGACUUGAAUGGAGAUGGAGAAGUAGACAUGGAAGAGUUUGAACAGGUUCAGAGCAUUAUUCGCUCCCAAACCAGCAUGGGAAUGCGUCACAGAGAUCGUCCUACAACUGGUAACACCCUCAAGUCCGGCUUGUGUUCAGCCCUCACAACCUACUUUUUUGGAGCUGAUCUUAAGGGGAAGCUGACGAUCAAAAACUUCCUUGAAUUUCAGCGUAAACUGCAGCACGAUGUUCUGAAGCUGGAGUUUGAACGCCAUGACCCUGUGGAUGGGAGAAUCACCGAGAGGCAGUUUGGUGGCAUGCUGCUGGCUUACAGUGGAGUGCAGUCCAAGAAGCUGACUGCCAUGCAGAAGCAGCUCAAGAAGCACUUCAAAGAGGGAAAGGGGCUGACAUUUCAGGAAGUGGAGAACUUCUUUACCUUCCUAAAGAAUAUUAAUGAUGUAGACACUGCAUUGAGCUUUUACCAUAUGGCUGGGGCGUCUCUUGAUAAAGCGACCAUGCAGCAGGUAGCCAGAACAGUAGCUAAAGUGGAACUCUCAGAUCACGUGUGCGAUGUGGUGUUUGCGCUCUUUGACUGUGAUGGCAAUGGAGAGCUGAGCAAUAAGGAAUUUGUUUCUAUCAUGAAGCAACGGCUGAUGAGAGGCUUGGAGAAGCCCAAAGACAUGGGCUUCACCCGCCUCAUGCAGGCCAUGUGGAAAUGUGCACAGGAGACUGCCUGGGACUUCGCUUUGCCCAAACAGUAACCCGAAGCUGCACAAGGAGCCCCUCUCCACACCAGGCUCUUUGGGCAGAGCCUUGGCACAGCCUCCCUGCUGCUACUUCUGGAAAUAGUACUCCCUUUCUCCUGGGAAUGAUCUUAGGAUUCAAGUCUCCCCUGUCCCCACAUUCUGCUAGGCUGAUUCUGAUCCAGUGAGUCUCUCUAGAGGUUCUCAAAAACAUGAGCAAGUCCUAAAAGUGCAGACCCUUUGCAUGUUCAACACUACUGUGCAUUCAAGCACCUAUGGAUAAAGAAUGCAGGCAACUGUCCACAUACCUGCCAACCCUGGGAAACACCCAGUUCUCAAGCCGUCUUGCUCUGGAUUUAUAUUAACAAGAACAUUCCUUGCUUCUCCUCCUGCGGGUGUUUUUAAGCUACAAAUUUGGGAAACCUCUGACAGAAAAAGGAAAUCAGUGAUGACUGAUAACAAGGAUGACCAAGACCCCCCGAGUUGGCAGGAAGCCUGGGCCCAAGGAUGGAUUUGUGUCAGUCCCCAGGGUGAGACUGGGGCCUGCUCCGAAAGGCCAUGUGCACAGUGGGGAUGGAGCGAGAUUAGGAAUUUAAAGCAGCUGCUUCAUGGCUGUCCCCACUCCCUUCUUUUCCUCUCAGGCUCCCUAAGAAGACUCCAGCACGACUGUGCUUAGGAAGUGAACAGCAAUUGAGCUCAUGUUCCCUGCACGUGCCAUUUCCCCUCCAGGUGUGUGCCUCUGGAGCUGAGGCCCAACUCAGAGCCUGUCUGUCCUCUGUCUUAAAAACACUUGUAAAAUACCACUUUAAUUAUAACAGUUUGCAAUAAACAACUCCCACACA